CGCUGUUGCUUUUGUGUGUGCUUAGCUGUCAUUUUCAUUCAGGACACAGAGGGCAACGAGAAAGAGGUAAUUUAGGAGCCACUGGAUUAGCUUCAUAUUCAAUCUUCAAACGACUUGAUAUUGAAAGUCAGGAAACAAAGACCGCUGACAAGUGGAAAUCAAAGGCCCUCUGGAGAAAUAGGUUUCCAGUGGAUCAUUUGACUGCAGUUUGGUUGAAGUGAAAGUAGUCUCAAACCUGCUCUGUGGUUGUUUUGGAGAGACAGGCGAGUUGUGUGUGUGUGCUAAAGGACUGCGAUGCACCGCUUAAGGACUUGUGCUGCCCGGCUGCGGCCACUGACUGUCUCUCAGACCUUUUCACAGCAGAGGCCUGCGGCCGUACCAAAGACGUUUCAGCCAGUCAGGUGCUACACUUCACCUGUGGCUGCAGAGCCUUUCCUCAAUGGAACGAGCUCUAAUUACGUGGAGGAGAUGUACUAUUCAUGGUUAGAGGACCCCAAGAGUGUGCAUAAGUCUUGGGACAUUUUCUUCCGCAAUGCCAAUGCAGGUGCUACCCCAGGCAAGGCACACCAGAGCCCUCUGAGCCUGGCCGGGCAGCCCCAGGCCCAGUCCCUGGUGGGGGCUCAGAUCAAUGUGGAGAAGCUGGUGGAAGAUCACCUGGCUGUCCAAUCCCUCAUCCGUGCCUACCAGAUCCGUGGGCACCAUGUUGCUCAGCUGGACCCUCUAGGGAUUAUGGAUGCCGAUCUGGACGCUCAUGUCCCCAAUGACAUUAUAACAUCCUCGGAUAAACUCGGCUUCUAUGGACUGGAUGAGUCGGACUUGGAUAAAGUGUUCCGUCUGCCUACCACCACCUUCAUCGGGGGCACUGAGACAGUCUUGCCCCUGAGGGAGAUCAUCCGCCGCCUGGAGAUGGCCUACUGCCAGCACAUUGGGGUGGAGUUCAUGUUCAUCAAUGACUUGGACCAGUGCCAGUGGAUCAGGGAGAAGUUUGAGAAGCCCGGCGUCAUGCAGUUCACCCUGGAGGAGAAGAGGACCCUGUUGGCCCGCAUGGUUCGCUCCACCAGGUUCGAGGAGUUUCUCCAGAGGAAGUGGUCAUCAGAGAAGCGGUUCGGCCUGGAGGGCUGCGAGUCUCUGAUCCCCGCCCUCAAGACCAUCAUUGACAAGUCCAGCGAGAAGGGUGUGGAGAACAUUGUCAUGGGCAUGCCACACAGGGGUCGUCUGAACGUCCUGGCCAACGUCAUCCGCAAGGAGCUGGAGCAAAUCUUCUGCCAGUUUGACUCCAAGCUGGAGGCUGCUGAUGAGGGCUCUGGAGACGUAAAGUACCACCUGGGAAUGUACCACAGGAGGAUCAACCGUGUGACGGACCGCAACAUCACCCUGUCCCUCAUGGCUAACCCCUCGCACCUAGAGGCCGUGGACCCCGUGGUGCAGGGCAAGACCAAGGCCGAGCAAUUCUACUGUGGAGACACAGAGGGACACAAGGUGAUGUCUAUCCUGAUGCACGGUGAUGCUGCCUUUGCCGGCCAGGGCGUCGUGUACGAGACCUUCCAUCUCAGCGACCUGCCCUCCUAUUCCACUCACGGCACGGUGCACGUGGUUGUCAACAACCAGAUUGGCUUCACCACUGACCCCCGUAUGGCGCGUUCCUCUCCGUACCCCACUGACGUGGCCAGGGUGGUCAAUGCUCCCAUCUUCCAUGUCAACGCUGACGACCCUGAGGCUGUGGUGUACGUGUGCAACGUGGCAGCCGAGUGGAGAGCCACCUUCCACAAGGACGUGGUGGUGGACCUGGUGUGCUACCGGCGAUUGGGCCACAAUGAGAUGGAUGAGCCCAUGUUUACCCAGCCCCUGAUGUACAAGCAGAUCAAGAAACAGAAGGGAGUGAUGCAGAAGUAUGGCGAGAAGCUAAUCGCCGAGGGCGCCGUCUCGAGACAGGAGUACGAGGAGGAGAUAGCCAAGUAUGAUAAGAUCUGUGAGGAGGCACAUGUUCGCUCCAAGGAUGAGAAGAUCCUCCACAUCAAGCACUGGCUGGACUCUCCCUGGCCUGGUUUUUUCAACCUCGAUGGCCAGCCCAAGAGCUUGACCUGCCCGACAACCGGCCUGACUGAGGAGGAGCUGAUCCACAUCGGACAGGUGGCCUCUUCAGUGCCAGUCGAAGACUUCACCAUCCAUGGUGGUCUGAGCCGUAUCUUGAAGGCCCGAGGAGAGAUGAUCAAAAACCGCACAGUGGACUGGGCCCUGGGGGAGUAUAUGGCCUUUGGCUCACUGCUCAAAGAGGGCAUCCAUGUUCGCCUCAGUGGCCAGGAUGUGGAGAGAGGCACCUUCAGUCAUCGUCACCAUGUGCUGCACGAUCAGAACGUGGACAAGAGGGUCUGCAUCCCCAUGAACCACGUGGCCCCCAACCAGGCCCCCUACACCGUCUGCAACAGCUCCCUGUCGGAGUACGGUGUGCUGGGUUUCGAGCUGGGCUUUGCCAUGGCCAGUCCCAAUGCCCUGGUGCUGUGGGAGGCUCAGUUCGGAGACUUCCACAACACAGCCCAGUGCAUCAUCGACCAGUUCAUCUGCCCCGGCCAGGCCAAGUGGGUCCGCCAGAACGGCAUCGUCCUGCUGCUGCCCCACGGCAUGGAGGGCAUGGGCCCAGAACACUCCUCUGCUCGUCCAGAGAGGUUCCUCCAGAUGUGCAACGAUGAUCCUGACAUGCUCCCAAGCAUCACAGACGACUUUGCCAUUCGCCAGCUCCAUGACUGCAACUGGAUUGUGGUCAACUGCUCCAACCCUGGCAACUUCUUCCACGUGCUGAGGCGGCAGAUUCUGGCGCCCUUCAGGAAGCCUCUCAUUGUUUUCACCCCCAAAUCCCUGCUGCGCCACCCUGAUGCAAGGUCCAACUUUGACGAGAUGUUGCCAGGCACAGAAUUCCAGCGCCUGAUCCCAGACAGUGGCCCCGUGACCCAGAACCCAGCCGGGGUGAAACGCAUAGUCUUUUGCACAGGAAAGGUGUACUACGAGCUAACCAAGGAACGCAAGGCCCACGGCAUGGAAGACAUGGUCGCCAUUGCUCGCAUGGAGCAGCUGUCUCCCUUCCCCUUCGACCUAGUGAAGGCUGAGUCCAAGAAGUACCCCAAUGCCGACCUGGUGUGGUGCCAGGAGGAGCACAAGAAUCAGGGCUACUAUGACUAUGUCAAGCCCCGCAUGCGCACCACCAUCGAACGCGCCAAGCCAGUCUGGUAUGCUGGUCGCCCACCUGCCGCGGCCCCAGCCACAGGAAACAAGAAGGCCCACCUAGUGGAGCUGAAGAAUUUCCUGGACACUGCCUUUGAUCUGGAUGCCUUCAAGGACCAGAUGUAACCAUCUCCCCCACCUCCUCGGUCCCAGGAGAAGGGGUAGCCUUCACCCUCUGCAACCCAGAAGCCCCUCCGUCCCAUACACGCACACACAUAUGCCCACAUACCACCUGAACUUGUCGCUCAGAGCAAACCUACUCUCCUGGCCGGGGUCUCUCUGCCUAGUCCACAACAGCACCAGUCCUGUUCAUUUUAAACCACUGCUAUCUUUCCCCUACCCAGACCCUCCCUCAUCCACUCCUCUUGGUUCUGUUUGAGCAUGCCCUCUCCCACCUUCAUCAGACACAUGCCCCGAAACCACACACUCAGCAGUAGAGAGCCAGCCAGUCAGUCAGUGGUCAGGAAAGAGAACCUUUGUACAGUCAGUGAUAAGUGAUCCUUAGCUUCAUUUCAUGUUCUACUACUGAAUUAAUGACAUUUUAUUUUCAUGUCAAAUUAGCAACCCAUCCUUUAUGGGAUUAAUUGACACAUAAACAAACAUUACAAUUUACUACGGUCAUUAAAUGAUAAUUCUUCUU